UGCUGCUGCUUCGCCUCCGCCUCCUCCUCCACUCUCUCUCUAGGGCUUUUGGGGGGAUCGAUCUGCCGCGCUCCCGUCCGCGAGAUCCUCCCCCCGCGCCGAUCCGAAUCUCGGGGAGCGCUGCGCUUCAAUGCGCCGCCGUUGAGCUAUGUUCGGGGGCGAUCGGCGGUGGCGUGGGGCGCGGCGACGAUGAGGCGGGGGGCGCUGGGGGUGCUCGUGGUUGCGGCGGUGGUGGGGUUGUUGGUUGGUGGUGGGGUUGGCGCGGUCCCCGCCGCGUCGGGGCUGCGGGAUGGGGGGGAGCGGUUCGGGGUUGUGCUUGCGGAGGGUGGCGGCGGCGGCGGAGGGCGCUUCGGUGGUGGAGACGGGGUGGUGCGGGGGGAGCUCCCUUGCCGGAGCUAUUCGGCGAGCUCGAGGUCCUGCGAGGAGUUGAAUGGCUCGGGGUCGUUCAACACCACCUGCGUCAUAAGCUCCAGCUCCUCGUUGGACGGCGACCUCUGCGUGUACGGCGACGGGAACGUGGAGAUUUCGCCCCAUGUCAAGAUCAUCUGCCCCUUCGCUGGGUGUUACAUCGCCAUCAAUGUCUCCGGGAGCAUCACUAUCGGCCAUGAUGUGGAUGUGAUUGCGGGAUCGGUUAGUCUCUACGCGACCAAUGUGUCGCUGGAUCACCAUUCCACUGUCAACACCACUGCGCUUGCGGGUGACCCCCCUCCCCAGACGAGUGGGACGCCUCAUGCACUGGAAGGGGCCGGCGGGGGGCAUGGUGGGCGGGGAGCGUCGUGUAAGGUCUCUAAUGACACCAACUGGGGUGGUGAUGUGUAUGCUUGGUCCACGUUGGCUUGGCCGUGGAGUUACGGCAGCAAGGGUGGUAGCAUGGCUGCUGAUCAUCAGCUUGGAGGAGAUGGUGGAGGCCGUGUCAUGCUCAGGGCAAGUGACUUUUUGAAUGUUGAUGGUGAUGUACUUGCUGAAGGUGGCGUGGGCAGUCUCAAAGGAGGUGGUGGGUCUGGAGGAAGCAUUAUGAUAUAUGCCUUCAAGCUAUAUGGAAAUGGUACAAUAAGUGCUUCUGGCGGUAAUGGAUGGGGUGGAGGUGGCGGUGGGAGGAUAUCUCUGGACUGUUACAGUAUUCAACAAGAUCUGGAGAUUACAGUUCACGGUGGACAAAGUUUUGGGUGCCCUCAGAAUGCAGGUGCAGCAGGUACAAUAUAUGAGAGUUCUUUGCAAACUCUGAAGGUCAGCAAUGGGAACUACACCACACAUACAGAAACUCCAUUGCUGGGUUUCCCAAUGACUAGACUUUGGUCCAAUGUGCUUGUGGAAUGUAAUGCUAAAGUUUUGGUUCCAUUGCUGUGGUCCAGAGUACAGGUAACAGGACAAAUUAGAUUACUUAGCAAGGGUAGCAUCAGCUUUGGGUUGUGUGAAAAUCCCAUAUCAGAAUUUGAGUUGGUUGCAGAAGAGCUUUUAAUGAGUGACUCAGUCAUAAAGGUCUAUGGCGCUUUCAGAAUGUAUGUGAAAGUGCUCUUGAUGUGGGAUUCCAAGAUUCAGAUAGAUGGUGGGGGUAAAGAUGUUGUCCUUGCAUCUAUGCUUGAGGCCAGAAACCUUGUCGUACUCAGGCAUGGGUCAGUGAUAUCUUCAAAUGCCGCUUUGGGAGUCUAUGGGCAAGGACUUCUUAACUUGACUGGCCCUGGCGAUGGAAUAAAAGCACGUCGACUUUUUCUCUCUCUGUUUUACAACAUUGAAGUUGGUCCUGGUUCACUUGUUCAGGCACCACAAGAUGACGCUGUUCAAAGCAGCUUGGAUGCACUUUCACGCUGUGAAAGUAAAACUUGCCCUAGUGAGCUAAUUACACCCCCAGAUGAUUGCCAUGUUAACAACUCCCUAUCAUUUACGCUACAAAUUUGCCGUGUUGAAGACAUAACUGUCAGUGGCAUAGUCAGGGGGAGUAUUAUUCACAUUCAUCGAGCAAGAACUGUAACUGUUACAAAUAAUGGCACAAUAAGUGCCUCAGAGUUAGGUUGCAAGGAAGGUAUUGGAAAAGGGAAGUUUCUAAAAUAUGGAGCUGGUGGUGGUGCUGGGCAUGGAGGCCGGGGCGGCCUAGGGAUUUAUAAUGGAAUGAGAAGUGAAGGAGGUCCACAAUAUGGCAGUGCUGAUCUUCCGUGUGAGCUAGGGAGUGGCAGUGGUUCUUCUGAGUCACCCGAUAACACAGCUGGUGGGGGAUUAAUUGUUGUUGGAUCCAUGAAAUGGCCACUUUCAAAAUUGCUAAUUUAUGGCUCAUUGAACUCUGAUGGUGAAAGCCAUAGAGGCACACAAACAAAUUCCAACGGGACGUUUAAAGGGGGAAUUGGUGGUGGUUCUGGUGGGACAAUUCUGUUAUUUCUUCAAGGGAUUCUGCUAGAGAAAAACUCAUCAUUGUCAGCUUCUGGUGGCAAUGGAGGGCUAAUUGGUGGAGGCGGUGGAGGCGGUGGUAGAAUACAUUUCCAUUGGUCAAAUAUUGCUACUGGAGAUGAGUAUGUUCAGAUUGCUGCUGUCAAUGGCGUAGUAGCAUCAAGUGGAGGAUCUGGUAAUGAUGAUGGACAUUUUGGAGAAUCUGGAACAGUGACUGGAAAGAAGUGCCCGGUUGGACUAUAUGGAACAUUUUGCACCGAAUGCCCAGUCGGUACAUACAAAAAUGUUGUUGGGUCUGAUUCAUCUCUGUGUAUGCCUUGUUCUUUGGAUAGUCUUCCUAACCGCGCUGACUUCAUAUAUGUAAGAGGUGGUGUUACCGAGCCGUCCUGCCCCUAUAAGUGCAUAUCUUCAAAGUACAAGAUGCCAAACUGUUACACACCACUUGAGGAACUUAUUUAUACAUUUGGUGGUCCUUGGUCUUUUGCAGUUAUCCUAUCUUUUACAAUUAUUCUUUUAGCACUUGUCUUAAGUGCUCUUAGAGUUAAGAUUGGCGAGAGUGACAUCACAUACCGGUCAACAAAUGCAAUCCACAAUGAUGGCUGUGCUUCUUUCCCCUUUCUGCUUUCAUUGGCUGAGGUACCUGGGGCUAGCCGGGCAGAAGAAACACAAAGCCAUGCCCACAGAAUGUACUUCAUGGGACCUAACACCUUCCGGGAACCUUGGCACCUUCCUUACUCACCGCCUGAUGCUAUAAUUGGAAUCGUAUAUGAAGAUGCUUUUAAUCGUUUUAUUGAUGAGAUCAAUUUGGUCGCUGCAUAUGAGUGGUGGGAAGGAUCUGUACAUAGUAUACUUUCAGUACUUGCAUAUCCUUGUGCCUGGUCUUGGAAGCAAUGGCGGAGAAGAAAGAAAAUCCAUCGUCUUCAAGAAUAUGUCAAAUCUGAAUAUGAUCAUUCAUGUCUUCGCUCUUGCAGAUCACGGGCUCUCUACAAAGGCUUGAAGGUUGGUUCUACACCAGACUUGAUGGUUGCAUACAUUGAUUUCUUUCUUGGAGGCGAUGAGAAACGACUUGAUGUAACAUCCACAAUCCAAAAGAGGUUUCCCAUGUGUUUAAUUUUUGGUGGUGACGGAAGCUAUAUGUCUCCAUACUAUCUGCACAGUGAUACCUUGUUAUCUAACCUACUUGGCCAGUAUGUGUCAACAGCAAUCUGGAACAGAUUGGUUGCGGGCUUGAAUGCUCAGUUGAGGACAGUAUGGCAAAGAAACAUCCGCUCAACUUUGGGACCUGUUGUUUCUUGGAUUAAUAGUCAUGGAAAUCCCCAACUUGAGCGGCAUGGUGUUCGAGUGGAGCUAGGAUGGUUUCAGGCCACUGCUUCAUGUUACUAUCAGCUAGGUAUUGUUGUAGCCGUGAAUGAGCACUUCUAUAAGAGUCUCCACCAUCAUGAGCAUGUCUCAGAAUUCAUUGAUCGCUCACGGAAGAACAUCACAGGUCCAUUUAAGGGUUCCAAGCAGGUAAAUCAAGAUCAGCCUUGCACAAGCUAUGCUGUUUCUAGAAAGCGCUUGACUGGCGGAGUGAAUGGUGGGAUAAUAAAUGAGGGAACACUCAAAUCACUGGAUUGUAAAAGAGAUUAUCUUUUCCCUUUCUCGUUGCUAUUGCAAAAUUGUAGGCCUAUUGGUUAUGCGGAAACUUUGCAGCUUCUUAUCUGUAUUAUACUACUGGGUGAUUUCUCUGUCACCCUGCUUAUGCUUGUGCAGUACUACUGGAUAUCUGUUGGGGCAUUCCUUGCUGUACUUCUUCUUCCCCCCCUUGCUUUGCUUUCUCCCUUUCUUGCUGGUCUCAAUGCACUUUUCAGCCGAGGACCAAAAAGAUCAUCUGUGACCCGUAUUUUUGCACUCUGGAAUACCACUUCUGUCAUAAACAUUAUUGUAGCAGUCAUUUAUGGUGCUUUGUACUCUGGACUGUCUUCUUUAUCAGUAUCUUCAGUUCCUCAUGUACCAAACACUAAAAGCUUUAAGAGUACGGAAGACCAUGAAUGGUGGAUACUCCCUAUUAUCCUCUUUCUUGUCAAAUCAUUGCAAGCCGGAUUUGUCAAUUGGCACGUAGCAAAUCUGGAGAUACAAGAUUAUUCACUCUUUAGCCCUGACCCUGAUAGAUUCUGGGCAAUGUAAUAACUGAUUACAAGCUUAAAAGGGCACUGAAUGCUUGGAGCUGACAAGCCACCUUUUAUUUGCUGGUUGGUCAGUCAAAUUCAAAAUUUGAGAAGCGGCUUGAUGAUCCAGGCCUGGAACUUGCUCCAAUUUCUGGGAGCAUUCCAGAUUAGUGCAGAUAUGUUUAAAGUAGAUUUGCAUUAGAAUGCAUUUUGAUCGUGGUUAGAAUAGCCCUGGUAUUUUGAGCAAACUAGAUUUAUGGAGUUCUUAUAUUUAGGUUUCGUCUUGUUCUGAGUGUACAGGAGGAACAAGUGAGAUCUGUUGUACAUUGUGUAAGUAAUAGUGAACCAGCUGAUUCAAUUGUAGAGUAGUGCUUAGAA